AUGCUAAGUCGGAUAAGGUGUAGGACGACGUUAGAACUAGAUGUUCGACAACAACUUAAAAAUGAUCAAAUUUUUAGUGCUCCUCAACAUAUGCUUGAAUGGAUCCGAAUGGUAGCUAGCAAACUCGGGUUUGGCGUUGUGAUUGGAAUGUUUGACACUGGUACUAGUAGAAGGAAAGCAUUUGUAACGAUGAGAUGCGAAAGAAGUGGAAAAUAUGUUCUGAAAAUUCGGAAGUUAAAACAUGAUGACACCGGAUCGAGAAAAUGUGAGUGUCCAUUUAAAUUGCACGGAUAUUGUUGGGUGGAUGAUAUAUGGUGGUUUAAUGUCAUUUAUUGUAUACAUAAUCAUAUGUUAUACACCAAGCUACAAGGUCAUCCAAUUGUAUGUCGGCUUAAGCCGGAGGAGAAGGAAAUUAUUUCGAAAAUGUCGAUAAUCAAAGUUAUGCCGAGAAACAUGUAA